CUUUAUUCCCUUGUUGUUAUCAUGAUAUCACGAUCGACUCAUUAGCAUUCAUGCUUUUUGUAAUGUAAUUCUGUCUUCAAAUUAUUCAAUUUUUCGUUACGGUCUACAUUUGAAAUUCUCUUUCGUUCUAGAGUGACACAAUUGAAAGUGCGUUUAGUAAGUCAGAGUGGUAUUACGCGCACUUUUUCUCAAACAGUCAGAGCUUUGUUGUUAUCAUGUGUUAUCACCUUCAAAGUUAAAAUCUUGAGUAUUUGUGCAGCGUAAUUUUAUUUUUCGAAUGAAUCAAAGAAUGAUGUACGGUGAUGUUGAUUUUUCAAGCUGCGAGUAGUUCAAUGUAAAGUUCAGCUGAGCUUUGAUGAAUUUUCUCUGUCUCUGGAUCAUGGUUGUUCAAUCGUAGCCUUGGAAAUAAAAUAACAUGAAUGUCUCCAGUGAAAUGCUUGGAGGAGCUAUCCUCCUCGUUGCUGGCUAUGCACUCUUCAGUGCUAGCAAAGUAUUUCGCUAUUACACCAAAUGGGUAUUCUUCUGUAUUGGAGCGUGCAUUGCUGCCUCAAUUUUUAUUCCUGUCAUGUUAUUACGGCCCCGUGAUUAUAGAAAUGGACUAUUACCGUCAUGGGGAGCCAGGCAAAUUUCAAAAUGUCUAGGACUGAAAUGGUCUGUACGUGGCACAGAAAACAUUGUACAGGACACAGGCUGUGUCAUUUUGAUAAAUCAUCAAAGUGCUGUAGAUUUAAUCGUCCUUGCAAACAUUUGGCCAAUAAUGGGGCGAUGCACUGUUAUUUCAAAGCGGGAGAUAUUCUACUUGUGGCCGUUUGGUUUAGCAGCUUGGCUCUGGGGCACUAUUUUCAUUGAUCGACUAAAUGUAGAAAAAGCUCAAAGCACCAUAAAUAAGACCGGAGACACUAUUCGAAAUAAUAAAGCAAAAUUGGCAAUGUUUCCUGAAGGAACGCGGCACAUUGGUGAUGAAUUGUUACCAUUCAAGAAGGGCGCUUUCCAUGUUGCAAUUGCAUCCCAGACGCCAAUCCAACCUAUUGUUGUUUCCCGCUACUACUUCUUGGAUUCCAAGACCUAUAAAUUUGAUGCAGGAAAAAGCGUGAUAGAAAUUCUGCCUGCGAUUCCAACAGCCGGCCUAACCAAAAACGAUAUCGGCGAACUAAUAGAGAAGACACGCACAGUAAUGAACAACGCAUACAAGAAACUAACGCAGCAAGUUACCUCAAAUUGUGAUAGUAGUAUUAAUAACAUUGACACUAGUGAUAGCACCAAAUCGUAACCUUACGAAUUUCUUUUUGUAACUGUUUUUGUUUUGAUGUUUUCUUUUUUACAAUUUUUAUUCAAAUCAUGCACCAAAAGAGACUUGUUUUUAAGUUUUCGAGUGUAAAAAAGUUCCUUUGUAUAGAGUUAAUACAAUGGGCUGUUGCACAUUUAUAAUGUUAAUUUAUUUUCUUUCUUUUUUUUUGCAUUUACUGGAAAAAGUAUCAAAGUAAUAUUUGGAGCCAUUUACCAUAUUAAUAAAUGGUAAUAAAAAGGAUUUCUUGAUAUAUUUUGACCACCAAGGAAUACUUAAGAUGUCGAUGAUAAACGAACAAAGCUGUUUUACGGCAGAACUCACCAUAAAGAAGCAUCAAGUAGUAUGUAGAAAGCUGAUUUAGUUCUCAAAUACUAUGUGUCUUUUAUUUUAUACCCUUACUUGCAUUGCAAGCAUAGAUUUUGCAGUCUUUCAAAAUUUUUUCUAAGAAUUACCAUUAGUUUUAAAAUUUUGGUUACCUUAAAUUACAAUCACUACUUUUUUCAUUUUAAGAGGAGCAGUCCCCAAAUUUUUCCGAAUAAUUCAAAUAUUUCUUACGCAUUUAUUAAAAAAAAAAAAAAAAAAAACACCAAACUUUAAAGGACGAAGCUCCAAGAAUACACAAUAUUUCCUCUGGAAAAGAGUAAAAUGGACGUUGACUUUUUGAGAUCAGUUACUUAAGUUGAAUCACUAAUGAUGGUAUGGGUUACGAUGCAAUGAGCACCCAUCCUUAGGGUUUUUUUACAAAAAACUGUACGCCAUUAUUUUGAUUAGAAACAAUGAUUCUUGGUUUCUUACUAUGUUUGAAAAUUUAAAAAAAAAAGAUACAGGAAAAUUUGUACAAAAUUUUCUGUUCCUCAAUUUAAGCCAAAAAUGUAGCUUUGUAAUAGCAUUGUGACUUUUUUUGCACAAAAAACAAGUUUUUUCAAAUUUUAUAAAUUUUUUUGAUACCGCUGGUGAUCAUAGAUGCAUUGAGAAUGUUUUUUUUUAUAAGUGAUGGGAAUAAUUUAAAAUUAUUUUCAUUUUUCCUUGAUGUUUUGUCUGUUAUACUUGUUGAUAGGGUGCUUGCAGUCUUAUGUGCCUUUAAAUCUCUAAGUUUCUAAAGGACAUAGUUUUUUUUCUAAAUCACCUCUCUGUGUAAAAAUCUCAAUGCACAAUAAAUUCAGAUUUAAAUCAAUGCA